AUGAUCAGAUUGAAUAGGCCGACAAGGCUAUGGGGGAAGUCCACUUUCAUAUCGGAUGUGUUGAUAGUUGGUAGUGGGGUUACAGGGUUGACUGCUGCGCUGCGAGCUAAAUAUCUCGGUCUCAAGCCUUUGGUGAUAGAAAAGGCCUCCAAAAUUGGAGGCGCAUCUGCCUAUUCCGGUGGCUGUCUGUGGAUCCCUAACAAUCACCUCCAUAGAGCAGCUGGUAUACAAGACAACACGGACGAAGCUCUCAGAUACUUAGACAACAUCAUCCAAGACCGCGGCCCUUUUACAUCGCCCACACGUCGGAAGGCGUAUGUCGAAACUGCGCCUAAAGCCAUCAAAUUUCUUGAGGAUUUAGGAUUCAAAUGGCACGCUUCUCUAGGUUAUGAAGAAUACUAUCCAGAUGUCCCUGGCUCCUUAUCAGGUGGGCGCACCAUUGAGGGUGACACGUUCGACCUGAAGAAGCUUGGGAGUUGGUUACAACAUCUUCUUCGUGACGAGUACCCUCCUGCCAUGGCGAUGUAUGCCCAAGAGACUGGACCGCUUCUGGCCUUCAUGACAUCCAGUGAGAACCGAAAGGUCCUUCUCCGAGUUAUAUUGAAGACUUUGAAAUGGAAACUUCUUGGCCGUGAGCCCUCAAACAUGGGUCGGUCGCUUAUAGCCCAACUCCUCCAUCUUAACAUACAACAUGACAUCCCAAUCUGGAGGGAAUCACCCUUAGUCAAUCUGCGGACGAGUACCUCAGGUGCUGUGACUGGCGCCACUAUCAAGCAUCACAACUCUGAAAUUGACAUCCACGCCCCUCGCGGCACUCUUCUCGCCGCAGGUGGCUUCGCCCAUAACGCAGCCUUGCGUUCGCAACAUCAUCCCUCCCCAACAAAAACCACCUGGACAUCCACGCCGGCUUCCGACACAGGCGAUGCGAUCCUAGCCGGCAUGUCCCUCGGCGCAUCCACCGCUCUCAUGAGCUCGGCAUGGUGGACGCCUGCCGUCCUCGAGCCUACUCUGAACCACAAGCCCCUCGUACUCAUCUACGACCGCUCACGGCCACAUAGCAUCAUCGUCGACGCCUCCGGUUCACGCUUCAUGAAUGAAUCGCAGAGCUAUGUCGAUGCUGUCCAUGCCAUGUACGCGCGACACAAAAGUGUGCCUGCAGCGCCGGCGUGGAUGGUUGUCGAUGCACAGUAUCGGCGAAAGUAUGCGCUGGGUUUACUGAUGGCGCGGACGAAGGUGCCAAAGAAUUACACCGACUCGGGAUACUUGGUUGAGGCGGACAACCUCGCAGAACUAGCGGGAAAGAUGGGUAUCGAUGCAAUAGGACUGCAGAGCACCGUGUCACGGUUCAACUCUUUUGCCCAUACAGGCGUAGACGAGGACUUUGGGCGCGGUGGGAAUGCAUAUGACCGUAUGUUUGGUGAUCCAGGAGUAGGCUUGAAUCCCAAUCUGGGCACCAUCGAGCAGGGUCCGUUUUACGCAGUGAGGAUCUAUCCCGGGGAUCUGGGUACAAAAGGGGGACUUGUGACGAACGAGCAUGCGCAGGUGAUCAAGAAGGACGGGUCUAUAAUCGAAGGUUUGUAUGCGGCUGGCAACACGUCUGCUUCUAUUAUGGGUAGCACAUAUCCAGGGGCUGGUGGUACGCUAGGACCGGCUCUUACCUUUGGAUAUAGAGCUGCUGACCACAUGGCUCUAUCAGCGGGAUUGCCGGAGGAAGAUGAAUAG